UUUGUUUUACCUCUGUGUCUCAGUGUUUUUAGUUUUAUUCCAAACAAACUUCAACCAAACUGAAAAACAUCACUUUUAAGUUUUGUUGCAUUUUAUUUUGAAAGCAAACCUAAAGGAGACUUCCGUGCAGGAGCAGGCGUCUCCGCUGAUAUCGUCACGUGACUCACAGAGGCAUGAAAACGGUCCCAUGUGGACUUUGGGGGAAUUCUCCCGGGUUUCUCCUUCACACUUCACCUGGCAACAGCAGCUCAUUUCUGUGAUUGGCUGCUGGCAGUGUGACGUCACGCAUGUGGAAUGCAGCAGAAGCACGAGCAGCUUCAGCUUCACUUGUUGCUGUGAGUGUUUGACACUAGCUGCAGCUUCCGGUUCCGAGAUUGUGGUUCUGGUUCUGAGGACAGACACGAACACAAAGAUGUGGCUGAUGUUCCUAAAACAAACCGCUGGAGGCAGCACUUGUUGAACUCAGUGGAAUGUGUGUAGAGACGAGCAGAGGAAAACAGGAUGUCUCACUCCGACACACAUUCAUCACAUGUUUGUCCAUAUUAUUUGUACUAGACUAUAAUAUGUACAUAUAGUAAUAUGUAGUAAUACUGAAUGUUAUUUUGUACUGUUUGUCAUAGUAAGCCUUUUUACUGUAUUAUAUUGAUAUUCUUUGUGUAUAUUGUGAGACUAUUUAUUCUACUUGCCCGAUCUAAAAUCGUUUGAAUGUAUAGUAAUAUUUUAUAGCUUUUUAAUGUGUAAAUGUAGGUUUUCUUUUAUUCUUGUGUCUAUAUCUGACGUGUUUAAUAAAUAACAUUCUAAUUCAAAGCAACUUAGAAAAGUUGACUAAAUACGUUUAUUUUUUGUUUACAUAUUGCGUUUAUCCUCUCUUUUCCUGACAGUUGUUUGUGUUGAACAGCAACGGAGUGAUCCCUCUGAUCUGUCGUCACGCAUAUACGAUCUUCGCAGAGCCUGAGCCCUCGAGCCCGUCGUAGACUCCAGCCCGGAGCACGCGCCGCUGACGUCACGGCUCCUACGCUGAGAGCCGAGCUGAGUUGUAGCACGAGCUCAGACGGAGGCGCGCGGCGGCUGCAGACGGAACGAUGAAGUCCCGCAAUGAGCGCGAGACUGACGCUUUUUGACGGAAAAAAAGCACACAAACAAAACAACAACAAACAACAACAGGCCGCGCUUUUCUUCCCGUCGCGCUCGUUUCUUCGCGGCAGCGACGUCAGCAGCCGGCGGACAUUUUGGAGAGCGGUGUUUUCUCUGAGGGGAAACAACAACAUGUCGUCCACGGCGGUCGCUGCCUCCAGGCGUCAGUCCUGCUACCUGUGCGAUUUACCGCGCAUGCCGUGGGCGAUGAUCUGGGAUUUUACCGAGCCCGUGUGUCGCGGCUGCGUCAACUACGAGGGUGCAGACCGGAUCGAGUUUGUCAUCGAGACCGCGCGGCAGCUGAAGAGGGCGCACGGUUUCCAAGACGGCCGCUCUCCGGGGCCGGGAAAGCCCCAGCAGCACACCGGGAAGGAUAUGAACCACUCGACCGGAGAUCCGGGCUCCCGCCCCCCGCAGCCUCUGGACCGCUACCCGCUGUCUGAGCGGCCGCCACGGCUGGGACCGGAGUACCAGGCGGGCAGGCAGGCUAACGGCCUCCCCGUGCCCAACGGAUUUCCUAAAUCCGACGAGCCCCCGGAGCUGAACCGCCAAAGCCCAAACCCCCGCAGGACUAGCGCGGUUCCUCCAAACCUGGUGCCUCUGGUGAACGGCGGCAUUCCCACCGUGCACCCGCUGAACGGCCGCCCGCUUCAGAUGGGUCUGCCGGGGGCACCGGGCCCCGGGGAUCACGGCAAGCGAGCGGAGGAGCUGAAAGACAAACACAGGCCGGACAGUCUGACGGACAUGACGGACAGCCACAAGGACUGGAUCGGUAAAGGCAAGACGGUGCGCGACCUGAUGGCGCUGCACACGUUCGACGGAAGGUUCAAGAAGGAGCACGCGGCCAUGCAGAGGGUGAUGGGAUACGAACCGAGUGGAGCCACGUCCUCCAAGACAGACAGGGGGAAGCACCCACGCAGCAUGAAGAGGAAGGCUUCGCCGGAGCCGGACGGAGAAGGUAGCGGUGCUAAGAUGAACGGCGGCGAGGGUCCGCCGUGGCUGCCGUCGCCCUCCGAGGUUCUGAAGAUGCCGCCCAACGCUCUCCCGGGUUUCUCGUCCGCCCCGCCCUCCACCAUCUCUCCUCACUCCCGCACCACACCCCCUGAGGCCGCCACGCCACAGAACAGUCAGUCCCCCAUGGCGGCGCUCAUCCUCGCCACAGACAACGCCGGUGGCACGGGUUCGCCCAAAGACGCAAACCAGGUCCACUCCACCACGACGGGCGCUCGGCGGAACAGCGGCAGCCCUCUGUCGCCAUCCUCGUCCUCUCAGAGGAGGCUGGCCCAGAGGGAGGGGCCUGCUAUUGCCAACCCUUCCGCGCCGAGCGGUGGUUUGGACCCGCAUGCGCAGCAGCAGCAGAGCAUUCCGGACUCUUCGGUGCCCCCUGGCAGCGUGCCGCUGUGCUGCACCCUGUGCCACGAGCGACUGGAGGACACGCACUUCGUCCAGUGUCCGUCGGUGCCGUCGCACAAGUUCUGCUUCCCGUGCUCGAGGGAGAGCAUCAAGCAGCAGGGCGCCACAGGCGAGGUGUACUGCCCCAGUGGUGAGCGCUGCCCCCUGGUGGGCUCCAACGUGCCGUGGGCGUUCAUGCAGGGCGAGAUCGCGACGAUCCUGGCUGGAGACAUAAAAGUGAAAAAGGAGAGAGACCCUUAAAGACCUUUUUAUUAUCGGAGAACAGCGCCUCCUGCUGGCCCUGCCGCCUGAGAGCCUGUGGGACAUGUAAAUAGUGGACAAAGGGAAGUGGACACUUCAUAAAACAUGGCUGUAUCAUUUUUCUUCUUCUUUUCCAUACGUUGUGUUUCUAUAUUUUGGAAGAUAAACGUUUGUCCUCGUCCUCGCGUGUUGUCUUCAAUGUCUCCGUCGUCUUCAUCGUCCUCAGUCUCGCUGUGUUUUUACGUCCGGAGACAAAUCCACGUAGAAUGUGACUAAUCUGAGCACUUGGCUAAAACAUUAAUAAACAAGAAAAGAUUCAAAACUAAAAAA